GUCAACACUACUUAAAGUUGACUCCUGSCUUUGGCAUCAUUCAUUCUGUCGCGAGUCAAGGCUGACUCUACUUUGACGCGAYGCUGGCUUAUGAGGUGCUGGCUAAUUGCUAGCUGGACGUUGGCGUUUCUCAGCGRCGACACGCUGCUUGCUUGCUGGCAUGGGGGCUGGCUUGCUCUUGUCUACAAGGUGCUGACGUGGCAGCGCCACGUGUCGUUGCUGACGUGGCUGCUGCCACGUAGGGUGUUGGUGACGUGGUUGUACCACGUCACGAACACGAUCGCAAUCACGAACGUGAUCACGAAAGACAAGAUCACGAACGUGAUCUUGACGCUGAAGAAGAACAUCGUGACGAAGUAUCACGACGAUGAUCAAGAUCACAACGACGACGAGGGUCAUCACGACGACGAUCAAGAUCACGAAUGUGAUCACGACCUUGACGAAGAUCAUCACGACGACGAUCCGAAUAUUCUCCACACCGAAAUGUCUCAGGAAGAGACUGUUCAGACCCCAGUUGAGGGCCAGAGUGUUGAGCAGCUCCCUGACCCUCGUACCAGGGCUCAAGUUGAGCAGAGACGACAACUGUUGUCUGGACGGCUCAACCUUCUGGCCACCGAACUGCACGAUGCCGGUGCAGAGGCUGAGUCACAUGUGAGGGCCCAGUUUGAUCUGCGGAAAGCCAAGGCAGACCUGGAUGCAGCUCAGACUGGCACCGACCUAUUGAAGAUACAGGAGUUCAUUAUCCAGUGUCGUAAAGCACUGGAUGCGCACAUCUGUCAGCAGUUCGAAGACAUAGCAAAUGGCAGAAAUGCCAAAACUGAUGUGGUGGUCACAGAACAGACAAUUGAUGAGAACAUCCGCCAAUUGGAAGAAGCUCUUGAAAAAGAGAAAACACGCAAGGCGGAAAUACUAAAGAAGAAAGAACAAGAUGAACAGCAAGCAAAACGAGAACAAGAAGUCAGACAGCAUGUGGUAACUGUGUCAGGGGAAGAACAGGUUGUGGCACUGAAUCAACUGGUUGAGUACCUUGCUCACUUGGAGACAAGGCUCGACCAUUUUGAAGCAAAGUUGGAAGAAUUGACUGUAGGAUUGAAGAAUGUGACUAACUUGGUCAAAGGAAAGGAAAAAGAGGUCCGGAAGGAACAACCUGUGAAGAAACUAAUGGGUGAUGCUAUGAAAGAUCUCAGGGUCGGAGUAAAGAAGGGGGAACCAUCUGGGCCUCCUCCACCGAUGCCACCACCAUCCAGUCCUCACCCAUCUGGAGGAAAGAAAGAUAAAGAAGAGAAAACUGAGAAGCCAAAGAAGAAGGAAAAGGUAAAGAUGAAAUUGCCUUUCAUGUUCAGUAAUAAGAAGGAUGAAAACUUAUUACUGUGGAUUGCAGAAAUACAGACCUACGUCGGGACGACCCUCGUGGAAGAAGAAUCACAGGUCGCCUUCUCCACGUCGUGUCUUGGAGGGGAGGCCAAAGAGUGGGUCCUGGCCGAAGCUAACGCAACCGGAUUCGAUGAUAUUGGUAAGUGGGCCGGUACGAUGACCCUGAAACAGUUCCUGGACAAGAUCCGGGAACGUUUCCUUGACAAGACAACGACCGAUAAGGCCUUCGAUCAGCUCACUACCAUAGGUCAGAAACAUUGGACGUCUGUGGAGGCGUUGUCCUGUGAGGUCGAUCGAUUGCUGCAAGUACCGGGCUUAAAUCUGCAGGAUGAUCAAGUCCUGCAUAUUUAUGUCCGAGCCCUACCUGAACCUAUACGAGGUCAGUUAGUGGCCGAGUCAAAGUCAGGUAAGUACAAGUAUCGGCAGUUUCGUGAUUUGGCUCUCCAGAGAGAGCAAAUGACCUCUCAGGUUAAACAGUCAUAUGCAUCUGUGGUGAAAUCUGGUGGUGCAGGUGCAGGUGCGAGAUACGCACGACCUAUCACGUCUAUUCUUGUUGAUAAAAGCACGAUCACUGUCUCUCAUUAUGUCGAUCGUGUGAAAUGUAAGUUCAAAACUAAAACUGGAAAGAAGAUUGUGCACAAAAUCUCCUUCCUAAUUGAGAAGAACUUGCCUUUUUAUAUGAUUCUGGGAAUGGAUUGGCACGAGGAAGCCAACCCAGAAAUCAAGUUCAAGGAAAAGGAAGUACGCCUGAAAAACGCACAAUCUGAACUCGAGACCAUCAAACUGUAUCACAAGUCUGGAUCUGACUCUACUCUGUCUUUCUGUUGUAUGAGCUAUCCAGCUUUUCGAUCGAUGGUCAGGAAGAAGCAAUUGGAUCAGGAGGUAAUGAUGGUGUUGGUAAAGGAAGUUGGUGAGUCUUCGACACCUUAUCCUCCAUCGAUACAAAAACUCUUAGAUGAGUAUAAAGAUCUAUCUCAGGAACCUACUGGGAUCACUGAGCGUGCUAUCAAGCACACUAUCGAGAUCAUUCCUGGAAGUAUGACUCCCAAGGGCCCUAUCUAUCGAAUGUCGCCUAGGGAACUUGAGGAAUUGCGCAAGCAACUUCAGGAAUUAACUAACAAAGGAUGGAUUCGCCCUAGUUCUUCACCUCAUGGAGCGCCUGUAUUAUUUGUGCCCAAAAAGGAAGGUGAGUUGCGUCUAUGCAUUGACUAUAGAGGGUUGAACUCCGUCACUGUGAAAAACGAUGAACCCCUACCACGAAUUGACGACUUGUUGGAUCAGCUGCAAAGAUGCAAGUACUUCAACAAGAUUGAUCUGAAGUCGGGAUACCACCAAAUCGAGGUGGCGCCCGAAGAUCAACACAAGACUGCUUUUCGAACCAAGUAUGGACACAACGAGUUUGUGGUCAUGCCCUUCGGAUUGACGAAUGCCCCUGCGACCUUCCAAAGGUCUAUGAACGAAUUGUUUCGACAGUGGUUGGAUCAGUUUGUAAUUGUGUAUCUCGAUGACAUCCUAGUCUACAGCAAAACGCUGGAGAAUCACGAGAAACACUUGCGUCUCGUCUUGGGUAAGCUACGAGAAGGUAAUUUUAAACUUAACCUAAAGAAGUCAGAAUUUGCAAAACCUGAAGUGCUCUACUUAGGGCAUAUAGUUAACGAAGAAGGACUCAGACCGGAAGCGAAGAAAAUUUCAGCGAUUAGAGAUUGGCCACAACCAAAGUCCAUCACUGAGUUGAGGUCUUUCCUUGGGUUAGCCAGUUACUAUAGGAAGUUUGUUAGAAACUUCUCCUUAGUUGCUGCUCCCAUGAGAAGACUCCUGAAGAAAGGAACCAUAUGGUUGUGGGACAAGGACUGUGAGUCAUCAAUGAAGAAGUUAAAAUAUGCACUGACUCACUACCCUGUUCUGAAAAUCGUUGAUCCAUCUCUUCCCUUUAUUGUGACAACUGACGCAAGUCAGUAUGGAAUUGGCGCAGUCCUACAGCAGGAUGAUGGUAAGGGGUACAGACCUAUUGAGUUCACGUCUGCCAGACUUCCUACUCAGAAGGUCGCCGACUCCACUUACGAAAGGGAAUUGUAUGCGCUUGUCUGUGCACUGAAAUCCUGGAAACACUACUUGUUAGGGAGGCACUUCACGGUCUACUCAGAUCACUCGACACUGAAGUGGAUAAAGACUCAACCAAGACUCUCUGACAAACUAGUACGAUGGUCUGCUUUCCUCGACACCUUUGACUUUGAGUUGAAGACAAUCAAAGGUAAGUCUAACGUUGUGGCAGAUGCAUUGUCUAGGAGAAGUGAUUUCUUUGGAACCAUUGUCUCCUACUUGGAUAUAGGAAAUGAUGUGCAGGAACAGAUUCGACAAGGCUAUGCUAAUGAUCCUAUCUGGAAACCCAUCAUUGACCUUUUCGAUGUGGAGGACGAGGACGAUUUGCCAUCAUCACCUUCAACACCUAUGCAAGUGGUAGGAUGUCCAUGCAUCGGCGAAAACAGAAACAACAACAUCAACAACAAUGACAACAACAGCAAUAUCGAUGCAAUAGCUGCCGGUCCCUUUGACGGGGAUUCUUGCACCGGCGAGAUUGGCGGCAUCAAUAGCUAUAACAACACCACCAACAACAACACCAGCAGCGAUAUCGACGGUGUGAUCUCACGAUCGUGUGCUGGCGAAAGCGGCAACGACAACAACAACAACAACAACAACAACGAUGACAACAACAACAACAACAACAACAACGCAGAGGACGCCAGUUCUAGUGAUGGUGAUUCUGACACUGGCGAGAUCCGCGGUUCCAUCAGCUUCAACAACAACAACAACACUGAUGGAUGUAACAACAACGAUAACAGUAACGAGCGAUUCAUCGAUAGGGUGACUGGCGAAAUUGACAUCCACAACAACAACAACGACAAUAAUGAAGAAAAAUGUGGUGAGUGCUUCGGGGGAUGGGCGACGGCUCUUUUCUCCUCUAUCCCCCUUCUUUUCUCUGUUCUGGCCGCCGAUUAUUGAAGGGGGGGUGUGGAAAGGUGCACAGUGGUGGUGCGAAGGGGUGGGGUAGGGAUAGGGUCUUCCUUUGGUUUUCGUCGACAGGGAUCAACGUUUGGAUGUGCUUGAUUUCGCCUGACUGGAAUUGAUUGCCCUUUACGAAUGUUGAUGGCACACCAAUUACUAUGAACACAAGUAUUCACCUUGUGGCGGCCCGGGGAGAGGUGCUGUUGCAUAUGUUACUAGGGUUUGAUGGUUGUUUCUGGAGUGAGUCGCUUGGUCCCGGCCACGUGGAGAGGGCGGAAGAGUAGGACUCUUAUCUGAGGCUGCUCUUUCAUCCUUUUGUGAUUUCGAUUUCUUUUUUUAACCGGUGUUCUCCCCUAUUGAGCGUGUUUUUGUUAAUUAGUGCUAUAGGGGAGACACAUGCGCUGGCAACACUGGGUAGAGAAUUGCAGAAGGAGAAGCCAAACCUUGUCCGGAUCUUUCCCCUUCUUACUGUACCGGAUAGUAGUUGAAUAGGGCAGGGUAACGGUCCUAGGGUUUGAUGGGCAGGCAAUCCCCUCGCUCUAAGGCAAUCAAUGCUGCCCAUCCCU